UUACCAGGCAGACAGCAUUUCCAACAUGGCAGCACCAAGCAACGCAGAGCAAACGCAGUUGCAAGAUAUGGAGGAGGAACACGCAGGGAUGGAGGAGAGGGCGAUGGAAUCGGACGAAGAGGAGGAGGAGGGCAUGGGAGUAGAAAAUUCAGAAGACGAAGUGGACGAUUCGUCGGAAGAUGAGAAAGAAAAUGAAGCCGAAAUCCAGCGGUUGGAGGAGCAGCUGUCAAUCAAUGCUUUCGACUACAACUGCCAUGUGGAUCUCAUCAAACUACUGAAGCAGGAGGGAGAGCUUUUCCGUCUGCGAAAGGCAAGGCAGAAGAUGAGUGAACUGUUCCCACUCACUGAAGAGAUCUGGCUAGACUGGCUCAAGGAUGAGAUCCGUCUGAAUGAGGAGGAGCCAAACCGGGAGAAAGUAUAUGAACUUUUUGAGAGAGCUGUAAAGGACUAUAUCUGUCCAGAUAUCUGGCUUGAAUAUGCUCAGUAUUCAAUUGGUGGCAUGGGCUCACCCGGUGGCAUAGACAAGGUGAGAUCCAUCUUUGAGAGAGCUGUGACAGCUGUGGGGCUUCACAUGAUUAAGGGACAGACGGUGUGGGAGGCGUACAGAGAGUUUGAGAACGCCAUUCUGUCCACAGUACAGCCUCCCCCUGGCAGGAUUCCCAGCCGCGAGGAGCAGGAGCUGCUCAACGCUCAGCUUGAGCGAAUCCAUACACUGUUUCGCCGGCAGCUGGCCAUCCCCUUAAUGGACAUGGAAGCCACCUAUGCAGAGUAUGAGGAGUGGUCUGAACAUGGGGUGCCUGAGACGGUCAUAUAUCAGUACAAAAAGGCUUUGGAGCAGAUGGAGAAGUGCAGAUCUUUUGAAGAGUCACUGCUGGUAGCAGAACCUCCUAAACUGGCCGAGUAUCAGGCCUACAUCGACUUUGAACUAAAGGAGGGCGACCCAGCAAGGAUCCAGAUAACCUUCGAGCGAACUCUGGCAGAGAACUGCCUGGUACCAGACAUGUGGGCAAAAUGCACCACCUAUCUUGAUCGUCAGCUGAAGAUCAAAGACUUGGUUCUUUCCACUCAUGAACGUGCCGUCAGGAACUGCCCCUGGGCCAUGGGUCUGUGGAAGAGCUACCUGCAAGCUCUGGAGAGGCAUGGAGCUGACCAUCAGACUGUCUCAGAUGUUUUUGAAAAGGCGCUGAAUGCAGGUUUCAUUCAAGCGACAGAUUAUGUGGAGAUUUGGCAGGCGUACCUUGACUACCUGAGGAGACGUGUGGAUUUCAGCAAAGAAUCAAGUAAAGAGUUAGAGGAAUUACGAGGAGCUUUCUCUCGGUCUCUAGACUACAUGAAACAAGAUGUUGAAGAAAGGUUUGGUGAAAGUGGAGAUCCGUCUUGUAUGAUAAUGCAGAUCUGGGCAAGGAUAGAGGCCCUCCACUGCAAGAACAUACAAAAAGCCAGAGAACUGUGGGACAGUAUCAUGACAAAAGGGAAUGCCAAAUAUGCCAACAUGUGGCUGGAGUACUAUAACCUUGAAAGGUCUUAUGGAGACCCUGUUCACUGUCGGAAAGCUCUCCACAGAGCAGUUCAGUGCACCUCAGACUACCCUGAACAUGUGAGUGAAGUCCUGCUCACCUUCGAGAGGGUGGAAGGUUCUCUGGAGGACUGGGAUGUGGCAGUGCAGAAGACAGAGACCCGGCUGAACAGGAUUAAUGAGCAACGGGCAAAGGUGGCUGAGAAAGAAGCCAACAUGGCUCGCCAAGAGGAGGAGAGAGCUGAUCAGCGGCGGAAGGCAAAGACAGACAAGAAGGCUCCGAAGAAGGGUUUCCAGAAGGGAACUCGAGCUGGGGAGAAGAGGAAAGCAGACCACAAUGAUUAUCGGGAUGAGUGGACUGAGGACGCAGAACAAGCUCCUAAAAGGCACAGAGGAAACGGGAACCAAACCACAGAGGAGUACAUGGAGACCGAGACAGGACUCUUUGGGAGGAACGCUCCCCCUGGCUAUAAGGCUGCUCCACCUGGCACUAAAAAAGCCCAGCACGGAGUUGUGGCUGCUGCCCAGAGGCAGAACGAUGACAAGCCAGAGCUACGCAACGAUAACAGCAGCGUUUUCAUCAGCAACCUGGCAUACACCCUGGAGGAGCCAGAGGCAAAGCUCAGGACGCUGUUUGAGAUCUGUGGUCCCAUCAAACAGGUUCGCCCUGUCUUCAGCAACAAAGGGAACUUCAAAGGCUACGGCUAUGUACAGUUUGAAUCCCCAGUGUCUGUCCCUGAAGCCCUGAAGCUGGACAGACGGGAGGUGGAGGGCAGGCCCAUGUUUGUGUCACCCUGUGUAGACAAAAACAAAAAUCCUGACUUUAAGGUGUUUAAAUACAACACAUCCAUGGAGAAGCAAAAAAUCUUCAUCUCUGGGCUGCCGUUCUCCUGCACUAAAGAGCAACUGGAGGAAAUGUGCAAAAGCCAUGGCACCAUCAAAGAUGUUCGUCUGGUCACGUAUCGCUCAGGAAAACCUAAGGGUCUGGCAUAUGUUGAGUUUGCAGAUGAAGCCCAGGCUUCUCAGGCAGUUCUGAAAAUGGACGGCACGGAUAUAGAGGGCAACAAAAUCUCUGUUUCUAUAAGUAACCCUCCUCGCAGAAACAUGAUGGAUAAACCUGGUUCCAACAGGCCCACGACAGACAUGAUGCCUCGCCAGGCCUAUGGAUCGAGAGGGAGAGGACGCACCCAGCUCUCAUUACUCCCUCGUUCCCUGCACCGACAAAGUGGGUCUGCAAGUAAAGUCGAGAACGGGACUGCACCUGAGCAGGUGCCAGCAACAGCCAGUGGAGCAGUGAAUGCUGCUGGAGAGACUAAACCUUUGACAAAUUCAGACUUUGCCAGGAUGCUUCUCAGUAAGUGAGAAGAUGAGCAAACGAAGUACGACCGCCUUCACACUGAAAGCCAUCUUGUGUCCUUACAGAUUAUAGUGUUGGUUAUUUUUCUGUAAUUGGUUACCUGGCUUCCCUUUAAUCUCAGUCUUGUUCUCAUCAUCCGGUCUUUGAGAAUGCCUUAAUCGCCGUGCUCCUGCCCUCCAUGACAAACCUUUUCAACCAAGACUUUUCACCAGUGUGACAGAUUGUUUUCGUUUUGGUCUGUUUGAAGGUGGCUGUCAAGCUAUUUUAUAAAAAAGUGUAUCAUAUUUGUGUGUAAAUAUACUGUCUCUAAAAUUGUACGCCUCAUGUUGCAAAGUAUCUUCUUUUGUCAUGUAAUGUGAAAGGGAUCUGAGAUAAAGAUAUGGGAGAGUAUUUUUUUAAAUAUUCAAAACAGCCAAACUUGUGAAAGUUGUUUUAAAAAGGUUAUAUGCAAAAGUUCAGAUGUGGUGUAAUAUAGUUGGUGUGUGUGUACAUAAGUUGGAUGUGUUACAGUGAUAAAGACAUAUUCUCCAGAUGUUUUUAGGAAACCUAGGAUUUUUGUUGUGUAACUUAUUUUGACUGCUGAGGACACCGCUAACAAGGCUAGCAGUGCUUUAUUCUGACUGUAUAGAACUGUAUAUUGGCUUUAUCUUGGUAUGAGGGCAUGUUAUUACAGUAUGAAAACUGCCCUAAUAUCAUGUCACACUUCUGACGCUUGAUAUCAGUUAUAGUAUUUACAGAACUGCUCUAAGUAUAUGGUCAUGAUUUCUCUAUUUUCAUCACUUUCAUCACUGUUAAUGUGACUUGUCUGUUCAAGGUUAAAACCUCCAUCAUCAAAUCACAGAUGUUGUUUUAGAUAGGAGUCUGACUUGAUGUGCUGUGGACCGAAAGAGAGAUUCAUAUUCCCUUCAUCUUGUAAAAUUCAAAGAGUGCACAUGUAAGCAGGGUGUUGAUACUGAAGAAAUGUGUCUAAUUGGCAGCUUGGGUGGCUGGACAUCGCUGACUAAUGCGUCUGUUCUUUAGUUUGGUUUAUAAAAAAGUGUUUCUAACAGUUUAGAGCUGCAGCAAUUAGUCAGUUGACAGAAAAUUGUUUGUCACGUUUUCAAACUAUUUGCUAUUUCCAGCGUCUCAGACGUUAGAAUUGUUUGCUUUUUCUUACAUUAUAAGAGAAGACAUGAAUUAGUUUAAGGUGUUAAAAAGAGUUAGAAGAUAAUAAAUGCUACAAAGUACAUGUGUGUACACUGUUAGUCCUGAGAAAGUUACAAAGUGAAACCUAAGUAGUUUUAUAAAUGUGGUUUGGACCUGGUUUUCUUUCUGUGUUGAGUAGAGUUGAAUUCACCCUCUGAAUGAACACAGUUAGCUGACAGCUCUUCAGUAUUCUGGGUAAAGAGGCUGUUUCUGUCAUCGACACAUUAUUUAGGUCUGCAGCUCUAUCGACACACGAGAAGAGAAUCUAUGCAGUUUUUCCAUUUCUGUUUUCCCAUGUUAGGAGUUGACCAUUUGUCCACUUGUCUUGUUUGGAUAUUAACAAUUCUGUACAUAAUGUUCAGUAUACUAUUUCAAAAAGGUCACCAUAGUUUGUAAUAAAUAUAAAUCUAAGUUUUCAGAACAGAUGGAAUACAAGCUAUAUGUAUUACUCUCACCACAGUGGCCUAAUCUUAAAAAAAAAAAUCUAAAUAUGGUCUCUAGAAAUCACCUGUUUUAUGUUCAGUACUAAAAGGUGGUAUGUGUGCAUUGCUGUUUUGUAUAAUUUCUAUAGUCAAUGUUUUGAAUUUGGUAUAGAGAAAUAAUAAAUGGCUACUUUUAGUUUUAUUUGUUCAAUCACUAUUUAUUUUCCAGCUUGUCAUUAUAUAGCCUUGUGUUUUUGGAUCCCGUAAAAAAGAAAAUUCAUGUCAUGUAUUUUUUUUCUGGACUAAAACUUGUUCUAAUAAAAUCAUGUAAAUCAUCUUUGA